GUGACCGUAAAUUUUGUGCGAAGGCAAUAAAUAACGCAGGCUUGCAUCUGAUAGUACAGUUGAACCGCUGCUGGUGGAAAUAGUUCAUUGCAAGCUAACGAAGAGGAAGAUAACUUUGGAACGAUGAAGAUAAUAUCAUUACUGUUUAUUCUGGGAGCUCAUCUUCCCUUGGAUACAGCUCUUUUCAUGGUCACUGCUCCUAGAUUGUCCUACACAGCAUCGUAUGGGAAUAACAUUACCAUGGAGUGUAUAUUUCCAGUUGAAUCCAAUUUCCACAUGAAUACGUUAAAGGUAUACUGGUAUCACAUCCUGGACAAUGGAACUUCUCAACUGGUGUACAAACUUUUAAAUGGGAAAGCAGCACUCCAGGACCAGUCCUUCGAAUACAGAGAAAGAGUGUUCCUGGCAAUGGAUAAACUCUUCAAUGGACGUGCAGUAGUGGAGAUCACCCAAGUGAGAGUUAGUGAUGCAGGGACCUACCGCUGUAUUAUUGCUCUCAACGGGGUGGACUAUAAAGAAACAGCAUUGAAAGUCACAGCUUCCUAUAACGACAUCAAGACCCUCAACACCAAGGAACAAACGGAGACAGAAUUUAGUUGUCAAUCGGCUGGGUACCCAUUAGCUAAGGUCAUGUGGUAUCACGCAAAUGGCACUGACCUUAACAAAACAGCCAAUACCACCCACUUUACAGGCUCCAAUGGACUAUACAACAUACGAAGUAUACUUAGAAUAAGGGCUGAGACAAACGAAACAUAUUUAUGCAUGUUCUGGAUUGAAGAACUUAACACGUCUACUUCAGCUGUUUUACAAAUUAAAGAAAUCAAAAGAAAGGAUAAUGACCAGAUUCCUACAUUUACUACAAUGAGAAGUUACUUAAUUGUGGCAAUCACUAUUCCUUCGAUAGUUCUUCUUGGAGUCAUUAUGAUCCUGAUCUGCGUGAUAAAAUCAAGACUGUGUCACAAAGGCAAGACUUACAAAAAUGAAUAUGGACUCUUCAAUGCUUGAAGUAGAAGGAAUCAUUUGAAUGCAACGCCUGGAGUUUAUUUUGGAAACUGACAAUUGUCGAUCUUUCAAUUAGGUUAUCCCAGCAUUAAAUCGCACCUUUUUCAGGGAAAAGACUGUGAAUGUGAACUUUUAAAUUAGCCAUCAGAAGUAUUUAAUUCAGUAUCCUAAUUCUUAAGCAAAGCAUCCCUGCCCCCUUAUCAGUCACAGACUGGAUGGAAAUCAUGCCUUUCUAUUCAAUGAUACGGAAUAAACAUCACCCAGUCCUUCUCUCCGGAGAUGCUGCCUGUCCCGCUGAGUUACUCCAGCAUUUUGUGUCUAUCUUUGGUAUUCAAUGGUUGCUUGGGGUGGAAGAUUGCAACCUUCA